AUGGAGCUCGGCCCGCAGCCUGCCGCGGCCCCCGGCACCGCGGGUCCGCUGCCGCUGCUGAGCCUGCUGCUCUCCAUCUCGUCCAGCCUGUCUGCCAGCGAGCUGUCCAACAUGAAGUUCCUUUGCCAGGACAAGAUCAAGAAGCGGAAGCUCGAGUCGGUGCAGAGCGGCAUGGACCUCUUCACCAUCCUGAUGGAGCAGCAGGAGAUCACCAACGACAACCUGAGCUUCCUAAGGAAGAUGCUUGAGCGCAUCGAAAGGGGAGAUCUGGUGUUACGGGUCAAGCAGUUCGAAGAGGAAGGAGAGCUUAGUGCCUGCGAUGAUCAACCAGAUCCGCAUCAGAAACGCCUUCUGAAGGCAGCUACUGACGUCAUAUGUGACAAUGUUGGGCGGGAGUGGAAGAGGCUGAUGAGAGAACUUGGCCUGUCGGAUGUGCAGCUGGAUAGGAUAGAGGCAGCUCAUCGAUUUAGCCUCUAUGAGCAGCUUCUUCAGGGACUGCGGCACUGGCAGAAGGUGAAGGGGAAAGAUGCAAAGGUGACUGACUUAAUAGCAGCUCUGCGGGGCUGUAACCUGAACCUGGUGGCUGAUAUAGUUGAAGAGAAGAUCUCACACCUGAACACUGGAAACACAUGA